GUCGUCUUUGAAUACUAUACUACAGUACAUAGUACCGUGUUGGGCCAUCUUUCAAAUUGACGAGUACAACAACGAGCAUGACCCACUGCGGCACCACUGUCGCCGCCGCCGCCACCAACAGCAGCAGUCCGUGGGCCAAGGAGGUCGUGCCAGUGCUCGGAAAGACCACGACCACAACAUGUACUUGCCAGUCGUGCCAGCUCCCCAUCAACCAAGGCCAUAUCCGCGUGGGGCUGAUCUUUCAUCACAUGAACGGGUACAUUGGCCUGGACUGGCACCACUUGGAGUGCUGUGAAACCCCCGACCGCCUCGCCCAAGUCGAAGGGUACGACCUGCUCAGCGUCCAAGACAAGGCCAUCAUUCAGGCACUUGCAGCGUCGUCCCACUGAUCGCCUCAAAAACGAGGGGAUCGAGUUGUUUCUGUUUCCUAUUUAUUCCAAAGUCAACGUGAUUUACAAUACUGUACUACACACGCAAACAUAAUGGGAACUUUGUUUCUAAC